AGACGAAACAUCACAUUCUGUUGAUCGUAACUUCGUGACUCGAAGGCUGUGUAUACAAGCCACAGCCAGCCCCAGUGGUAUCAAUAAAGCACUCUCCGUCGCCCACAAAACCAUCACUUACCUACCUACCUUACUUACCUUACUUUUGAACAUCAACAUACCGACCUCGACCACAACAACCUCCCCAAUACAGCGUUCGAAGUACACGUGCCACGCGCCGCGCAUCGAGUCCCGAUUGGACCUCCCGAAACGCCUAGCUGCAGAACAAUAUGGCGACCGAGGUGCCUCCAACCAAGGCUGAUGAAGGAGUUGAUGAUUCGCCCAUUGUCGUGAACAGCGAGCGAAGAGACAGUCUGGACAAGAAACUGCAGCUCCGUCCCGACGAGACAGAUCUGAAGAAUCGACAUAUUUUAUUGGACAAUACUGCGGCUCCUGCGCUUCAGGCGAGGGCAGCAGAACUAGAGAGGCAGAGGAUUACGGACAAUCUGAAGAAGGGCCUGUCACACCGUCCAGAAAAGGAAAUACUGGUGCAGAGAAACAUCUUGCUCGAGUCUUCUGCGGCUCCGGGCAUUCAAGGCCAGCAGAGAGAGUUGCAAAAGCACAUGCGAGCAGACAGUCUGGAGAAACAUUUGCAGCACCGUCCUGACAAGGAUGCUCUUCUCAAGGAGGGUAUUUUGAAGGAUGAGCAAUCCGUGUCCGAGGCUUGAUCUCUCAUCAGACCAUUCCAGUGUUUAGCUGAGAUUUCAGUGACAUGCAGGGAAGGCGGUACGACAAUAGGACUUGGGGAGUCUUUGGCAGUGUGGCAUGUGUUCUCAUUUGGGGGGACCUGGCAGUGUCUCAUGUUACAGACGACGGGAUGCAACUAAGUGGGUUGUGUUGCGUUGCAUGUGGAGGGGGUACUACUUUGACAGGCUGGCUGGACGCGUGUGCUCUGUCACGCAGGCGAGACAGUGGAAUGAAGCGUCGAUGCGUGAGAGGCUGUAGCAAGAAGCGAGAACAGCAUGAUCUCCUACAUUAGGUAGCGAUAGCAAAUGCCAGACGACUUUGAAAAACCGA